UCGAUUCUCAACUAUGGGCUUCAAUAUCCCGCAAGAGCACAAGUUAUUCGUCCCAGGGGUAUGUAUCGCCAAUAUCAUGUUGGGAAAUAAUGCAAUAAAAUAUUUCGUAGUAGCGGCUGGGAGUUUGGGAAUUGUUCAAGGAGUAACUUGGAUCGUAUUAAGCCUAUUGGCCUUGUUAGUACAUUUCGAGACAUGGAUUCCGGCGCCGAACAGAUCGACGCACGGCGGAAGUUUGGGCUACGCAAUUAUAUGGGGAUAUCUUACAGGUUAUCCGUCCGCUAGCAUAGCGUUGGGCGGCAAGGUUUUUAUAAGGCCGCAAGAGUUCCACAUUUGGGUCAUUUUGUUUAUGGGCAUAGCCGUAUUUUGGGCGGUGUUGUCUCUCUGUGUCAUAAUAGCAAUAUUUCGAAAGGUGAACCCUAGAAAACUUUUUUUAGCCUGGUCAAUUUGGACUAUAGUGGUUUGCGCUGCUGACCUUACACUAGUUUUGCUUUUAUCUAUCGAUUACACCAUACUAGUAGACAUUUUUAAUGAGAAGAAAGAUAAACAUCCAUUCCAAAUUUACGAACUCCUAUCGUGUGGUGUGCUUAUACUUCUAGCAUCGAGGGGUAUUGUUUUAUGGUUUGUCAAUGUGAUAUUUGCCGCAAUUAUGUUUACAUUGCGCGUAAAGGUCCACACAGACUUUGAAACUUUUAGCAACUGUAGUACGAAUGCCGAUAGCGGUCACAGAUCGACUAGAGACAGCAGACGGCGUUCCAACAAGACACACAGAGCUGAAUCCUUCAGUAGAUUUCAGGGGCUGCCAAGAAUUGUACCGAUACAGAGCACGAAUGAGAAUGUAGCGUUUCACUCAAGGAGAGCACUGUUCCAGUAUGAUAGACGGCCGCCAUCAUCCACUUGUGGUCCACCAAGACCUGUAUAUACCUAGCAAGACAAUAAAACGACGAAAUUAUGUGAUACCUGAACCAUUUUUUGUUCGAGUUAUAGUAUAUUAACAGUAGAAAUAAGCAAUCGUGUCUUUUCCUUGAAAACCACAUCAAAGUUGACAAUAAAUUUUCUUUUCAACUGUAGAGUAAGCCUGUUGGUCUGAAACAGAAAUAUAAUUGUGAAGGUUA